GGACAAAGCCGAAGAUUCUCGUUUUCGAAAAACGUUUGAUGUGCGGCAGCGAUCGCGGUCUGCGGUACCAUUUAUUUGUGAUAGUUUCGCAAUCGCCGCAACGAGAAAAAGCAAAAAAGACAAACCCCAUUGCAUGCACCCCAUCGCAACGCCGGUGUUUCCGAUGAGAAAAAACUCGAAAUGAUCGCGAUGGUGACGAAAACAACCGGAGAAGGAGGACGGAUCGUGCCGAAACGAUCGACUCCGCCUUUUCCCGGCCUGUCCUGUUUGCUGGUUGCGUCGUUGUUGUCUUUCUCGACGACGGCUUCCUACGCAUGGCAUCCAAUGCCAUCGGUUCUGCAACGCGGGUUUCCUCUCACCGAGCACCAACGCACCGUGAAAAUACGAUCCUCGAAGACAAAUCAAAUGCAUUGUCAUUGCCUUCCACCAUCGUCGCUUUCGUUCCUUCCGGGACAGAAGCAGACGCCUCUGGGAAGGAACCGAGAAUGGAUCCCGAACCGCUGUGCCCUCUCCGAGAGACCAACCAGCAGCGAAAGCACCGCCAUCGGCCCGGCACGAAAAGCGCUCCGGAGCAUGCUUCCCCCGCGGGCGCUGCCGCUGGUUCUGGUCGCCGCGGCAGCGAUCGCGUUUCCGUCCCGGGCCGGAGCGGCGGACGCCACGGCGGCGGCGGUGGCGGCGGCGACGACGACGAGCCUCGUGUGCCCCGUUUCGCCGGAGGUGGAGUUCCGGCUCAUGGUCCGGCUGGUCUACGCGGCGCUGGUGGGGGCCGCCCUGGGGAAGGAACGGUCCUUUGCGAAGCACAGUGCCGGGGUCCGAACCAUGAGCCUGGUGAGCAUGGGAGCCGCCAUAUUCACGGUGUGCAGCUGCUACGGUUUUACGAACUUUCCAAAGGUGGACGGUACGUACGGUAGGAAACCACGGAACGAACGAACGAACGAGUGCCUCGUCGCUCGCCCGCUCGCUCGGUCCCGUCGUUGUUGUGGUUCGGCUUUGGGCUGGCGACUCGGAUCAUAGGUACUGGUUGAUGUCUAACGGUUGGUGUUUCUUUGUUUCUCUUGUUUGCUCUCUGGYACGAAGCCUCCCGCAUGGCAGCCAAUGUUGCCAGUGGAGUGGGGUUUGUGGGGGCAGGCGUGAUCACCACCUCGAUCCACAAACCGAACAAGGGAGAUGCUUCUGGAAAUCUCUACCAAAGCAACGUCGUUCACGGCUUGACAACGGCGGCCACAAUAUGGUGAGUAGAAGAGGAUUGGAUUGCGCGUAAAAGAGUUUGGCAAACGACAAUACCGACUGCCAAAAAGCAUUGAAUGCAGUUGUUGUCGUUGUUAGUCACGUUCAUUCGACCCUCUGACCGUUGUUGCAUUGCCUUGUCCCCAACCAACCAACAGGCUUUCGGCAGCUGUCGGAGUUUCUUGUGGCGUGGGGUUGCUUCGGGUUGCGACAACCGCCGCAGCAGCAACGAUCUUCAUUCUGCGAAUGGGUCGCAAGAGAAGACCAAAUUAUCGSCCCMAAAAAAAAGAUGCACAACAGCAGCAAACCCAACARCGGUUGUCCUCACUGCCCCGUGACAACGUUAGCGAAGGAAAGCGUGAAGCCGACAUGACGUUGCAUUCGAUCGACGACGAUCACCACGAAAACAGCGCAGUUGACGACCGCUACGACAGCGCUGCCGAGAUCCACGUGACCACCCACUGGGACGAGCACCAAGUCCAAACACAACCGGAGGAACGSGACGACGAGAAUCUAUUGCGGGAAUCCCAGAUUUCCAURYCUUCGCAACAGCAACAGCAYGAGCAGGAGGCGGGGGCAAASAAAAGAACGUUUGACGAAGAAAGCAAGCCUACAAAMAGCAACAACCUUGUUGGURUCCCACCGGAGACAAAGAAUGUUGAUGAUAUCGAGAUUGACGACAAAAUCCUMAGAGAUCCCUCCAGGCUUAUGGAAGAGAUAGUGCGUUCUGCGUGUCAAAGCAACAACGAGACUGCUACAGCAUUCGUUGAUUUGCUGCUGGAUCGUUACGAACGUCGCGAACGAGUUUUCGCGAGGGAAAGCCGCAGAUUCAACGGCAGCGAGGAUUCCGGGUAUCUUCCGUGAACGACCAAGCCACGGAGGGCCAAAAAAGCCGGUGAUGGGCAACCACCGCACAACCGAMAAGAAAGGAAAGUUAAGCGC